UGUUCACUCUUCCAAAACACAAGAAACGGCCUGCGGUGAGUGAUUUCAAAGAACCUUCCAUGGAAAAGACGUCAGAGCAUCCACCUCCUAGCCUUACAAGACAGUCCGUCUUUGUUUCGUCUGCUUCAUACCUUGUUUUCAACACCAAAUCGCGGUGAAGCCUUUCAAGCCACACACCCACUUACAAACAAAGUCCCUUUAUUUAUAUACUACUGCUUCCCACCGACCUCGAUAGAUACUCGCCCAAAACAAACCAACUUUACUCUACACUACCUUGCUUACUACUAUUACUACUUACUCUCCACGAGUAAUAACCAUGUCGACCGAAUCCGAGAUCCGUUCUCGCCGGGACUCCUGGCCUCCGACUCAGAUGCGCCUCCAGCCUACCAUCUCUACCAAGACAGCUCCUCUUCCACCUCUGGACGACAUCGACGAUGAUCCUCUUACAUACUUUCUUACACCGGCGCCUCUUCUCGACAUUGACGAUGAUGCCGACGACGCCUUGUUCGACUUUGAUGCUGGUAUCGAGGAUGCUAGUGCCCCUCGACUCUUCGUCCGCAGUGUAAGCCCAUCUACUCUCGACGGACUCCGCAAGCCUGGCCUUCGACCCAUGUCCCCCGACUCCAGCUCCGAGAUUUCAGAGUCCAACAACGAGGAUGACGAGGAUGAUGACGAGGAGGAGGAGUACAUCAGCUUCUCACCCAACAAGCACGGCCUUCUAUCCCUCCGUGACCUCUUCAUCAACAGCCGCCCACCAACCCGCCCAAAGACACCCGCCUUCAACCAAACCGCCAACAACGCCCUUCUAUCACCAACUGCUCUUUCAAGCAGCCCAAAGCUCCGUGGCAGGUCAAGAGGACGUGGCCGUCGUGGAGCCAGCUCACGAGGUCACUCAGCAGCACGACGACCUGGACAGUUGUGGCGCGAGCCAAGCCCUGAUGUAUGGUCCAUCGAGGAAGAGACUGAAGAGGAGUUGAUGAGUGAGAUUGGAAGCAGCUGCGGUGCUCGCAGCGAUACCAGUGAUGAUGAGGAUGCUGAGGGUGAGAAGCGAAAGGAGAAGAAGUCCAAGCCAACCAAGAAGGUUCGCUUUGUGCUGCCUGCUGUUGAGGUUUAAGGGGUUGAGGAGAGAGAAGUCAUCUUGCAUAAGUCGGAGUUUAGGUCUUACAUAUCUUUCUUAUUUCUUUUGUCUCUUUUAGCAUAUAUCUCAGGUUGUAUCUGCAUUUGGCGGCGUUACAAGGCUUGCAUGGAGGGAAUGUCGGAUCAGGAGUAAUGGCUAGUCCAGGGAAUACCUAUUUGUCAGACAUGCAAUUAUUUGGUGCAUCGGUCGGAGGAGGAAACACACACACGCAAAGGGCACAUAUUCAUCCAUAGUACAUUUCUUCAGGAGCAAUCCGUUUUCGAUACCUAUUUGGAAUUUGGGAC